CUUUAACCUAAAAUUCCAAAAAGACGUUUAAUGUUAAUUUAUAUUUAUACAAAACUCAAUUGAAUUUUAUAUUUUGUAUCAAUCAUUUUAUUUUGAAGUUUAUUAGUCAUUAUUUUGGUAACUAAUUAUAUGAAAUUAAGAAAAAAAAUUAUAUCUGGUUAACCUCUGAAAUGACAUUCCUUCACGGUUCUUUUCCUUCUUCUGUGAAAUGUGAUAUGGUUGUUUAUCGUUGUUAAAUAAAAAAAAAUUGUAAUACUACAUAACAACUAAAAAUCUCGAAAGGUUAAGAUAAGGAAACCUUGAACACCAUAUAGUUUUAUUAAAGAAUUUCACUUAAAUCAACAAAUAAUGGAAGAAUACACGAGGGAACCAUGUCCUUGGAGGAUAGUUGAUGAUUGUGGAGGUGCAUUCUCGAUGGGUUUAAUUGGGGGUGGCGUUUUCCAAAGUAUAAAAGGGUUCAGAAAUGCACCAUCAGGAUUUAACAGAAGACUUAUUGGCAGUCUAACAUCAAUAAAACAAAGGUCCCCAAUAAUAGCAGGAAAUUUUGCUGUUUGGGGUGGUAUGUUUUCGACUAUAGAUUGUGCGUUGAUCACUCUAAGAAAAAAAGAGGACCCAUGGAAUUCAAUUAUCAGUGGGGCUGCUACUGGAGGAAUAUUAGCAGCUAGAAGUGGACUGCCAGCAAUGGCUGGAAGUGCAUUCAUUGGCGGUGUUCUCUUAGCUCUUAUUGAAGGUGUAGGCAUAUUAUUCACAAGAUUAUCAGCAGAACAGUUUCAACCUCAAGCUCCUAUACUAGAAGAUCCCUCAGUGUUGGGAUCUAGUGAUCAUGAAAGGAUGUAGCACAAUUUUUGAAUAAAGUCACGAUAAUUAUAAUAAUUAUAGAUGUAUUUUAAUCUUUCAAUAGAUGAAUGUACUGUUAGGUUGUUGUCAUUGUAUUUAUCGCUUACAAUUUGAUAAUGACGGGCAUUGUUACUGUGAUCACUAGUUUUUUUAUUAGAUCAAUGAAUCUUUGUUGGAA